AAGUAACUGUGCUCAAAAAUAGAUUUCAUAACUAUUGAGUAAUAUUUCAUCACGGACGUACACGUGGAGUUUUUAUUUUUAGAUACCAAUCCCAGUGGGUAAUAUAAAGAUUGUUGUAUGCCAAAACUCUACACAAGGAUACUUAAACUGUUGGUAUACCGGUCGAAAAUAAAGAGAUAUUUGAAGAAAAUGGCCACCAUUGUCAAGAAUCAGGAACCAUUAAUGGUAUUCGCAGCGCUGUCAGAUAUACAGUAUGGGGAUAUGGAUGAUGGCUAUAAUUUCAAAAAAACCGGGAAAAGAUAUUACAGAAAUGCUUUAGUCUUUCAGAAACAGGUUAUCGAGCAAUGGAAAAACAUGACACCUGAAGUCAAGUUUAUUCUUCAACUUGGGGAUAUUAUAGACGGUUUUAACAAGCGUCACGGAAUAUCAGAGUCAUCGUUACAGAAAACCUUGGAUGUAUUUGGUGAUUUUAAGACCUAUCAUGUCAUUGGUAAUCAUGAACUGUACAAUUUUGACCGAGCUGCCUUAAUGAAGACACCUCUGUUUUCGGCAGGCUUGCCUGAAUGUAAAUCGAGUAUAGCCUCGACCAACCAGUUUUAUUAUUCAUUUCUACCUGACGCUUCCCUUAGAAUAAUAGCUAUUGACACAUAUGAGAUAGCAGAAAUUGGGUGGCCAGAAUCAAGUACGAACUAUCAAGAAGCAAUGAAAUAUUUAGAGAAUAACAUCAACGAAGAUAAGAACUCUUGUGCAAAUAUGACUGGUACUGAUCGAAGGUUCGCGAGAUUCAAUGGAGGUGUGAGCUCUACCCAGUUAAAAUGGUUAAAUCAGUUAUUAGAAGAAUGUGAUAAAAAGAAAGAAAAUGUUAUUAUUAUAGGUCAUCUGCCUAUACAUCCAUCAGCUGCAGCUGUUGAAUGUUUAUGUUGGAACUAUGAAGAAAUACUAUCUAUACUAUAUAACCAUGAUUGUGUUAUAUCUUAUAUGGCUGGUCAUGAUCAUGUUGGUGGAAGUGGUAUAGAUGAACAUCAUAUACAGCAUAUAACCAUACCAGCUAUAUUAGAAACACCACCAGAUCGAGAUCCACCUAUGGCGACUCUAUCUUUAUAUAAUGAUAUAUUACAUAUAGAUGGUCAAUAUCUCCUAGAUAAUUACGAUAUUAAAUUAAAGUUUCCGAUCGUGUAGGUAGAUGGAUAAUAUUUACUAGAUAAUUACGAUAAGUUUCCAGUCAAAUAUUUAGAGAGACCAUUACCUUAAUAAGGCCAUACAAAAAUUGUGAUAUACUUGAAUAAAGUAAUUAAAUAUACCAGGACCUCAAUAAUAAGUUAAUUAAGAAUAGUCUUUUAAACUUUUGGGAUAUAUUGCGUCUUAAAAUAUACAGAUGUGAUGUCAUCCUUUGAUGGUGGCAUACCAUUAUUUGAAAUAAUGGUACGGGCAACAUGCCAAUCGUACAUUAUUUAUACAAGAUGAAAUAUUGGACUCGCAUGGCGAUUUCAUCAAAAUACACAUGCGAGAUAGUUUCUGUAUUCUAAGUUGUUUAAUGGUACCGAGCAAGACAUUGUGUAAUACUCGAACUGACGUUCUCGUACAGUAUCCAUAUAUUACUUAAUGUCCCACUCUCGACGAGUAAACCAUACAUAUACUUCUGCACCUUAGGUACUAAACAUCCGCUCACAUCGAACAGAAUAAUCAGGGAAACUGAUUAUGUUGUCAAACUUAGUUCUUAUAUAUGCAUUGUAUUUAAAGUACAUUUGAAAUUCUUUAUUUAAAUUAAUAUUUUAUUUCCAUUAAAUAUUGUCUAUUGAUGUCGUAAAUUUUGUUGAUCAGGUUUCAAAAGUAACCAUUGAGACGACGUAACUGUUGUCAAGUGCCAUUCUCAAAAGCAUGAUUUAAUAGAUUUUAAAAGAUUCUGUAAUUAAGUACCCUUGUACUAGUCCAUUAAAUGAAAGAAAUGGGGUUUAACGCCCUACUGCUUUGCACCAAUUGGCCUGAUGAAGAUGAGCAUACGCCAUACAGUGUGCUAUGAGUGGAAUUUGGCCUGGAGAGCUGCAUUACGUCCUACUCUAAUUUCGAAUUCCAUCAAUAAAUGGUUAUUUUAUGUACAUUGAAAUUUAUACACAGGACCUUUGUUUUUCAUACCUUCCGAAACUAGUCCAUUAAAAAAUAUAUCAUAAAUUAAAUUUAAAAUUUAUUUUAUUAUAAAAGGUGUAUAUUUACAGUAUCAUAAUUUAAUUUAUAUUAUAUAUCUACAUGUACUAUGUUUCAUCAAAACAAAAAAAAUUCAAAUUAUCAUCAUCAACAUCCUGUGUGUCGAGAGUUGUUUUUUGUUUUAAUUUAUCCUGUGCUUGUUUUAAUUCUUUUUUCUGUUGUUUUUUUAGUUCUUUUUCUAGUUGUUUAUCUGGAGAAUUAAUCAUUUCUUUGUAGUUUGUAAAAAAUCUGAAGAAAAAAAAUGUUUGUAAUUCGACUAA